GGUUUCUUCCAUCCUACCCGGGCGCGGGGACUCAGAGCGAGCGCGCGAGCCGCGGCUGGAACCUGCCUCUUGCAGCCGGAGCAAGCUCGUCCGGCCGCGGUUUCCACAGCCGGCCCCCGGCGGGAGCGGUUCCCGCGCCGCGGGUCCCGCAGUCAGUACCCCGCGCGCACGCGCGCUCCGUCGGGCCGCUCCGGCGCCUACAGUCUUGGGCGGGGCCGCUCGCGAACCGCUCCGGGGGGCGGGGCGGCGAGGAGCGCCUCUGGGCACGUGAUUAGCGCCAACAUGGCGGCGCCCAGGGGUGUCCACCUGCUGCUCCGCAGAGGCUGUCGUAGAAUUUUCUCUUCACCAUUCAAUCAUAUCUCCUUACACAAGCAGUCCAGCAGUCAACAAAGAAGAAAUUUCUUUUUCUGGAGACAAAGAGAUACUUCACACAGUAUAGUUUUGCCGGCUGUAGUUUCUUCAGCGCAUCCUGUCCCAGAGCAUAUAAAGAAGCCAGACUAUGUGACGACAGGCAUUGUACCCGGCUGGGGAGACAGCAUAGAAGUUAAGAAUGAAGAUCAGAUUCAAGGGCUUCGUCAGGCUUGUCAGCUGGCCCGUCAUGUCCUCCUCCUGGCUGGGAAGAGUUUAAAGGUUGACAUGACAACUGAAGAGAUAGAUGCUCUUGUUCAUCAGGAAAUCAUCAGUCAUAAUGCCUAUCCCUCACCUCUAGGCUAUGGAGGCUUUCCAAAAUCUGUUUGUACCUCUGUAAACAACGUGCUGUGUCAUGGUAUUCCUGACAGUCGACCUCUUCAGGAUGGAGAUAUUAUCAACAUUGAUGUCACGGUCUAUUACAAUGGCUACCAUGGCGACACCUCUGAAACAUUUUUGGUGGGCAAUGUGGAUGAAUGUGGUAAAAAGUUGGUGGAAGUUGCCAGGAGGUGUAGAGAUGAAGCAAUUGCAGCUUGCAGGGCAGGGGCCCCUUUCUCUGUAAUUGGAAACACAAUCAGCCACAUAACUCAUCAGAAUGGUUUCCAAGUCUGCCCACAUUUUGUGGGACAUGGAAUAGGAUCAUACUUUCACGGACAUCCAGAAAUUUGGCAUCAUGCAAAUGACAGUGAUCUGCUCAUGGAGGAGGGCAUGGCCUUCACCAUAGAGCCAAUCAUCACCGAGGGAUCUCCUGAAUUUAAAGUCCUGGAGGAUGCAUGGACUGUGGUCUCCCUGGACAACCAAAGGUCGGCCCAGUUUGAACACACAGUUCUCAUCACGGCGCAGGGCGCGAAGAUCCUAACCAAGCUGCCUCACGAAGCCUGAGAAGUGGCCCCAAGGUCGUGGAGGCCUGGCACCGUUAUUCUCAAUUGCUGGAGCACUUUCAGAUGAAAGGGGAAGGGCAGGUCCUGAAGGGACCUACCUGCCAUCUAAUAGCGUGCAAGAAAAAGUGCGGUGGCCCUGAGGCACUGGAAAGGCAGAGCCCAAGCCGAGGGGAUCCAGCUGCUCUGAAGGACGGAUCCUUGCCCAGGGUCCCCGCCCAGAACGAAUCGCCGCUGAAGAGGAAGGAAGCUGGACGGUCCCCAGGGAUAAGUGGGACUCCCCCGGAGAAGCACAGUUCCCCUGUCUGUCCUUUGCUCAGACCCUGCCCCAGUAAAAACCCGCUAAACCCUC